UAUAAAUGUAAAAGGUAUUAUCUGUCAGUUUCUCAGUGAAGAGCUAUAUUAACAUUUAAUAAUCCCGACUAUAUUAAAUUCUAUUCUCAAUUUCUAUAAUCUCGUUCAUACUGAAUUAAUGAAAUAACUUUUGUCCUCUUAAGGUUCGCUAAUUGACUGUCAACUUUGAAAUUGCUAUAGUUUUGUGGGUACAAUGCAAUAUCCCUCUGACGAAUCUUACACUCGGCUCAUAAGCCAUAAUAUGACAGUCCCACAAAGAAUAAAGGCAACGGGAGAUAUUGGCGAUGAAGAUAGUGCUCCAAAUGGAUUGGUUACUGGAUGGGAUUAUGCCAAUGAGAAAUUUGAUAUGAAAGUACCAGAGAGAAUACUUGUUGUUGGCCAGGACCAACAUAUAGGAACAAAAGCUACACCCCGAGAGAUUCAAUUGGACAAUGCAGUUUUGCCGAAUGAUCCUGGCAUGGUUCGCGUGAGCACACCACCUCGCGUUAUCACUCUUGAUCAACAUUACUUUCCAUCAGCUGAUGAUUAUCCUAUUGAUGUGCCAAACUCUCCACCAAAAAAUGUUCGAACUAUACAUGCUGUAGGCGGUAGAGUACAAGCUGUAACACCAAUUCCUGACCAUUUUAAUGAAUCAACCAUGACUGAAUCACGUCUCGUGCUAAGAGAUCCAACACCACCAAUGGGCAAUGGCGAAGGGCUUUCCACUUCAGAGGAACUAGUACAUUUACGAAGACAAAUCGUCAAAUUAAAUCGACGUGUAAUGUCUAUUGAAGCUGAACAAUUGCAGCGACAACAGAAAGAAAAAAUUGCUUAUGCAAUAAGUAUUGCUUACUUAUUGUUUAAAGUAAUUGCUUGGUUAAAUAGGUCUUAAAUAGAGAAAGAGAAAAGUUUGUCACAUUAGAAUGAAGUUUUGAUUUAUUGUUGACUUCAUAAAAUAUACCCAUUUGUGACCACAGUAAGUGGUACAUUAUAGUGUUGCCUUUACUUAUUAUAGUGUGUACAAGUUGGAAGUGUUAAUUAUUAUUCAAUUUUCAAUCAUUUUAGAUUAUAGGAACAUUCUUUUAUAACAAAUGAUUUUAUGACCAUCUGUUUACCUAAUUUCUUGUAAAGUGUAACAGUCAGUUGUUUGUAUAUACUAUAAUUCUCUUUGCAUAUACUUUAAUGAAUUGUUAAAAAUACUUUUUACUCUUCUUUAAAGUUGAUUCAAUAGGUGUUUUUUUU